AAUCCCACCACACAAACACACAAUACCACCAUGAACACUUGCUCCUUUAUUUUCACCUUAGGUGCUAUCUUUCUCCGGUGUUUAAGUUCCACCGGAGCUGCCACGUGUCAUCCUGAUGACGAAGCGGGUCUUCUAGGUUUCAAAUCGGGUAUAACCAAAGAUCCUUCGGGCAUUCUCGACUCCUGGAAAAAUGGUACUGACUGCUGCUCCUGGAGCGGUGUCAUUUGUAUCAACAGCGACCGCGUCACAGAACUAAGAGUGUACGGAGAUUUCAUUUAUAGCCGAGCCUUUCUCUCGGGCACUAUCUCGCCGAUGCUGGCCAAACUUCAACACCUCCAGGGGAUUUACCUCACCUCUCUUCGAAAGAUCACUGGACCUUUUCCUCAAUUCCUUUUCAAAUUACCAAAGCUAAAGUAUGUUUACAUCCAAGGUAGCCUUCUCUCCGGUCCCCUUCCAGCCAACAUCGGUCAGCUAAGUCGGUUGGAAAAGUUACUUAUCGACGGAAACCGGUUCACCGGUCUGAUUCCGAGUUCGAUAUCCAACUUGACACGGUUAUCUUGGCUUAAUCUCAGCAACAACCGCCUCUCUGGCACCAUCCCAAAUAUUUUUAAAUUCAUGACAGAGCUACAGUCAAUCGAUCUCUCCCGCAACAAAUUCUCCGGGAAACUACCUCCGUCGAUUGCAUCUCUCUCAUUGACUCUCACAAUCCUCAAUCUGGGCCAGAACAAUCUUUCGGGGACGAUCCCAAACUAUUUAUCAAGAUUUGAGGCUCUCUCCACAUUGAUUCUCUCCAAGAAUCAUUACUCAGGGGUCGUGCCGAUGAGUUUCACCAAUUUGACCAACAUUACCAUUCUUGAUCUCUCCCACAAUCAUCUAACCGGUGCAUUCCCUGUCUUGAAUAGCAUUGACGGCAUUGAAUCUCUGGAUUUGUCGUACAACAAGUUUCAUCUGGAAACGAUUCCGAAAUGGAUGAUAUCGUCACCGUUCAUCUACUCGUUGAAGCUGGCAAAAUGUGGGAUCAACAUAAGCUUAGAUAAUUGGAAGCUAGCAGGAACCUACUACUACCACUACAUUGAUCUGUCUGAAAACGAGAUCUCAGGAAGUCCGGCUAGGUUCCUCAACCAGAUGAAGUAUCUGAGAGAUUUCCGAGCAGCAGGGAACAAACUCCGGUUUGAUUUGGGGAAGCUGACGUUUGUGGAGAGGCUUGAAACCUUGGAUUUGUCAAGGAACUUGAUAUUCGGGAAGGUGCCGGCGACAGUGGCCGGACUGAAGACAUUGAACGUGAGUCAAAACCAUCUUUGCGGAAAACUUCCAGCGACAAAGUUCCCAGCCAGUGCGUUUGCGGGAAACGACUGCCUUUGUGGCUCUCCGCUUUCUACUUGUAAAGUAUAGCGGCAAGAAAACUACAAUUAGUAU